AGCUGGCCAAGACGGAAGACUAAUGUUAUUGUACAUAGCCUGUUACCCUGCCAGCCUUCCCUCACAGAUUUGCUUUCUCUCCCUCUGCUCCCCUCCCCCUCCCUCCUCCCUUCACCUCUUCCCUCUCUCCUCCCUCUCCCUUUCUUCGGGCUCUGGGACUGUUUGCUCAGGUGGACAGUGACACCAUUUGGAAUGAGCUGCACUCGUCCGGUGCUGCACGCAUGGCUGUUGGCUGUGUCAUCGAGCUGGCUUCCAAAGUGGCCUCAGGAGAGCUGAAGAAUGGAUUCGCUGUGGUCCGGCCCCCAGGCCAUCAUGCUGAAGAAUCCACAGCCAUGGGGUUCUGCUUUUUUAAUUCAGUUGCAAUUACCGCCAAAUACUUGAGAGACCAACUAAAUAUAAGCAAGAUAUUGAUUGUAGAUCUGGAUGUUCACCAUGGAAACGGUACACAGCAGGCCUUUUAUGCUGACCCCAGCAUCCUGUAUAUUUCACUCCAUCGCUAUGAUGAAGGGAACUUUUUCCCGGGCAGUGGAGCCCCAAAUGAGGUUGGAACUGGCCUCGGAGAAGGCUAUAAUAUCAAUAUUGCCUGGACAGGUGGCCUCGAUCCGCCCAUGGGAGAUAUUGAGUACCUUGAAGCAUUCAGGAGCAUAGUGAUGCCUGUGGCCAAAGAGUUUGAUCCUGACGUGGUCCUAGUUUCCGCCGGAUUUGAUGCAGUAGAAGGCCACGCCCCUCCUCUGGGGGGUUAUAAAGUGACAGCAAAAUGCAUGGGUCAUUUGGUGAAGCAGUUGAUGACACUGGCUAAUGGACGUGUGGUGCUGGCGUUAGAAGGAGGACACGAUCUCACAGCCAUCUGCGAUGCAUCAGAAGCCUGUGUAAAUGCCCUUCUAGGAAAUGAGCUGGAGUUGCUUACAGAAGAUAUUCUGCACCAAGCCCCAAAUAUGAAUGCUGUGAUUUCAUUACAGAAGACCAUUGAAAUUCAAAGCAAGUACUGGAAGUUGGUAAGGAUGCCGACCGUGCCAAGGGACUGUGCUUUGCCUGGGACUCAACUGCAAGAGGAGACAGAAACUGUUUCUGCUCUGGCCUCCCUGUCAGUGGAUGUGGAACAGCCCUUUGCUCAGGAAGAGAGCAGGUCUGAUUUUGAAAUUACAGUCCCUCAACUUGAAAAUGAAUCAGGUGAGGCUUUUGCUAAAGCUCCAGCUAACUUGCACUCUUAA